AUGAAUUCGUUUGAUUAUAACCCAACAGAUCAUUUGAAUAAGAUAUUAAAGUCAUCUGGAUCUAUUGAAGAGAUACCUGAGCUCUUAGCUUAUAUAAACGCCUACAAGCUUCAAUUAAAUAAACAAAUACAACAUGAUGUAACUCAGUACAACUCACCCAUAGCAUUAAAUGAAGAUACAAAAAAAUUAAUAGAAAACAUAAAGACAAUUAAAGCCAAAUCAGCGGACACACAAGGUUCCAUUGUUUCACUGACUUCGUCGAUACAAGAAUUGGACAAUUGUAAAAAGAAUUUAGUUCUACUGAUGACUAUUUUGAAAAGGUUGCAGAUGUUAAUAGAUGCCAACAAGACAUUGAAUUCUAUAAUUUCCAGUAAACAUUAUAAAGAUAUUUUACAAUUGUUAAGUGUUGUUAAAGAAUUAUUAACUUAUUUCAAGCCGUAUAGAUCAAUCGAUGAGAUUAACCAGUUGAACUUGAAUAUUUUGAAGACUCAAAACAAAUUGGUUGAUGAUAUUUUUAUCGAUUUUGAAGACACGAUAGUAAAUAAAUUGGAUAAUGAUCAAUUAUUUUAUGGUUGUGAGAUCUUAGAAUUGAUUGAUUUCAAAUACAAAGAUAAAUUACUCAACUGGUUCUAUAACUUACAACUUAAAGACAUUAAAUCAAUCUUCAAUAAUUUAGACGAGGCUGGAUCUUUGGAAAAUCUUAACAGAAGAUAUAUGUACUUUAAUAAUACUUUGGCAAGCAUUCAUCUGAAUUACAUGGAUAUGUUUCCGAAAGAUUGGUGUAUUGAUCUAGAAUUGAGCAAAAUAUUUUGCACUAUAACAAAACAAGACUUAACUUCACAAUUGAAUAAUUCAAUCCCUUCAAGUGGCCUUCUUGAUGCUUUAACGAAAACUUUGGAUUUUGAGAAGAACUUAAAUAACAUUUUUAAAACGCAAGAGUUUAAUCAAAUUAUCCUGAAGGUAUUCGAACCAUAUUUAUCAAUCUGGGUCAAUGAACAAGACAAGUUAUUGCAUGCUAAGUUUUUAGAGUUUUACUCAGUCAGUCAAAUACCUACUGAGUAUUCCAGCGCACAAAGUCAUGAAGAUUUCCUAAAUGUUUUAAGAAUAAAUAACGUUCCAAACGUAUCUAACUCAUCUAUUGAAUUGUUCAAAACUUUUCAAAAAAUCUUGUCGUUAAUCAUCAAAUUAAGUUCUGGUUCAAUUUUGAUUGACUUGGCGAAAUUAUUCGUGAAAUAUUUGCAUGAAUUUAAUAGCAAAAUCCUUCUACCAAUGAUACCGAAUAAUAGUGAAAAUCUAAAUGGCAUUGAACCUAUCAAAUACCUCACUAUGAUUUUAAAUACGGGGGAUUAUAUUUUGAAUAAUAUCAAUGAUCUUCAAGAUAGAUUCACUAAUCUAAUCGAUGAACCUUUAAAGCAGACAAUUUCUUUCGAGACAAUUAAAGAUGUUUUUAUUGAGUUGAUUAAUAAAUCAAUUCAAACAUUAUUGCUCAAGAUAUCUAAUGAUUUACAGUUUUCAUGGAGACAGUUCACUAAUAAUAACUGGAAUAAUAUGGAGCAAACAGUGGAAAUUUCGAACUACAUGAUUGACUAUAAGCAAAGUUUAUUAGACAAUUGUACGUUGAUUUUACCGUUAAUUAUAAGGGAGGGAUAUAUAAGAAACUUCUGUGAUAAAUUAACGGAAUUGAUUACAAUCUCAUAUUUGAAUAGUUUGAAGUUAGUUACUCCAUUAAGUAUUAUUAAUGUUGAACAGAUCAUGUCUGACAUACAGAAUUUAAAGAAGCUUAUCCUUGAUUUACCUCUAUAUUCAAAUCCAGCUUUUGAUGCUUCCAACAAGGAAGAGCAUUCCAGCAUUAAUUUGAAGACAUAUACGAAACAUGUUGAAAAUCAAUUUAAUAAGCUUGAUACUGUUUUGAAAUUGCUUUUAACUCCAACACUUCCUAUCGACAAUUUGAUUAUGAACUAUUUUCAAAUUAUUGGUGACAAAUCAACGGCAAAUUUUGUCAAAUUUUUAAAAUUAAAGAGUAUAGAUCCUGCCCAGAGAUUUAAGUAUGUUGAAAUAUUCAACCUACAAAUAUCAUACCAAAAUACCUUAAUUGAGGAGUCCCCUAUAUUAGCAGCCAUACAGGAUGAUACACCUAUUGUAAAUAGCAGCAAUUCGACCCCUACGCCAACGUUAAAAUCUCCUGAUCCUGAAGCUAAAUCCCCCAAAUUAUUGAAUGCAAACUUUCAAAAUAACUUGAAAAUCAAUAACUUCGAAAAAAACUUACGAGAUUUUGCGUUAACAGGGGAAACUCAUGUUAAUAAGUUUAAGAAUUUUGGGAAGUUCUUUAGGAAAGAUAACAGUAAUAGUAAUGAAUAA